AUGCAGAAGUACGAGGUGAUCGACGCUUGCGGCAGCGGUGCCUACGGAAUGGUAUUCAAGGCGGUGAAUAGCGCCACUGGCGAGCAGGUCGCUAUCAAGAAGUUCAAGGAGUCGGAUGACGAUGAGAUAGUGCGCAAGACGACGCUGCGCGAGGUCAAGAUGCUGCGCAUGCUGCGGCAGGAGAACAUUGUCGACUUGAAGGAGGCGUUCCGGCGCAAGAAGCGACUGUACCUGGUGUUUGAGUACAUCGAGCACACACUGCUGCAGGUGCUCGAGGCGUCCCCCAGCGGGCUGGCUCCGGAGCUGGUGCGGCGGUACGUGUGGCAGCUGGUCCGCGCGACCUGCACGUCCUUGACGCUCAUCAUGUCGUUGGACUGGAUCAUGUCGGGGCGCACCCUGUUGACCAGCAGCUUCACGUUGUAG